AUGUCGCGAUACGUGAUAACAGAAGAACAAUUAAAUAAUUUAAAAGAUCAAAUAAAAAAUCUGAGUAAAUUAAAUGAAAUUAAGGAAGAAAAAAUUAAAAAUUUAGAAAGAUUUAAAACUAUGGUUUCAGAGAGCAAAAAUGCUGAUUUAUUUAAAAAAAUUGAAAGAUUAGAAAUCGAUGUUGGUAAUUUGAAAACAAUAAAUAAAAAUUUAACGGAUUUGGAAAAAAAUAAUUAUAAAAAAAUAGAAAACCUUGAAAAUAUUUUAAAAGAAGAAAGAAAAUUACGUGAAUAUUCUGAAAGUUUAGCCAAACAAGUUGAAGUUCAAUGUGCAGAAGAAUGUCUUUUAAGACAAUUAACAAAUGAAUUGUGUCAAUUGCAAAAAGAUGAAAUUGAAAUUGAAAAUAAAAAAAUCGAGGAACUUCAAAUGACGAUAGAAAAAUUUAAGAAUCAAUUAGGAUUUACAACACAGCUAGGAAAUAAUUUUCAAAAAGAUAAUAAUUUAAAGUUACUCGUGUACCAAUUUAGAAAUCAACUUAUAGAAAUGUACGAUGAUGUAAGGCAAAACCCUAAAUAUUCCAACGCACAAAAAAAAUAUAAAGAAACUCUGGAAUCGUGGCUGGAAGAAACCAAUUUCGUUAUGAACGAUAUAAAUGAAAUUGAACAGAUGAAAAACGAUUUAAAUUAUUUAAAAAAUAAAAUCGAAGAUGAAAACAAAAACUUGUCUCACCUAAUUUUACAUUUGAAUUUAACAUUAUUGCUCUUCAUAACGUAG